AUGCGUUUCCAAAUCCUCGCCACAGUUCCUAUCCUCUCUCUCGUCGUAGCCCAAUCAGCCACCGAGAACGUCAACACCAUCACCACAGCAGCCAACACAGCAGCCGCCAGCGUAACCCCAGACAUCGGCGCCUACUCCCGCGACGCCCAACAAGACGAAUCCGCGCUAUCGAUCCUCUCCGCCCAACUAGCCACCGAAACCAACCCUGGGCAAAAAACCCAACUCAGCGCACAAAUCUCCCAUCUAACCGUUCAACUCGCCGUUCUCAGUUCGCAAGCCGCAUACGCCAGUUCCGUAUCUACCGCUGGUGCCGCCAACGCUUCCGCAAAUGCGCUUUCCUAUAUCUCCAGCUUGAGCGCUAUUGCAGCGACCGAGACUAAUUCUGCGAUUAGGAGUCAGUUGAGUGUGCAGAUGAGUCAGAUUAGUAGUCAGGCUAGUUUGACUUCUACGUCGUCUAGUGAGUCGGCUAGGGUGACGGGGAAUGUGGUUACGACGACGGAUGGGGAGGGGAAUACGGUUACUGGGACUGCGAGUGUUACAGGGACUGCGACGAGGGGCCCGGCGACGGGAACCGGAACGAGGAGUACCGGGGAGAGUAGUAGUGCGGGGGCGGUGGCGACGAGGGUUCCGGUUGUGGGGGCUGCGGUGUUGGGGAUGGCGGCGUUUUUGUUGUAG